AUGAUUCAACUCAAGACGAUACUCAACUGCAUCGACAAUUCGGGCGCCGCCCUCGUCGAAUGUGUCCUCGUCAUCGGCCAGAAGCGUGCCGCCCGCAUCGGUGACCGCGUCGUCGUCGUCGUCCAGGAACAGCGCGGCUCCGCCUCCGGAGGCAUGGCCGGCCUCUCCGCCGCCAACAAGGUCAAGCGCGGCGACAUCCGCCACGCCGUCAUUGUCCGCACUCGGUACCCCUCGCAGCGCCGCGACGGCUCCGUCGCCCGCUUCGACGACAACGCCUGCGUCCUGCUCAACAAGAACGGCGACCCCGUCGGCUCCCGCAUCAACGGCGUCGUCGGUGCCGAGCUUAGGCGCAAGAAGUGGAGCAGGAUCCUGUCCAUGGCUCCCAUGCAGGCCUGA